AUGGCUUCUACUACGGAAUGGAAAGUUCCCGAUCCACUAACUCCACCGUUGAAAUUUAGCACGGUUCAACCAAAUUUGUAUAGGGGUGCAUACCCCAGAGAAAUUAAUUUUCCCUUCUUGAAGACUUUAGAGUUGAAGACAAUAAUAUCCUUGACCCCUAGUCCAAUUGCUUCGGAAACUGACAAAAAGUUAUAUGACUUUGCUGUUGAAAACAAUAUACGAAUGGUUCACUUAGAAUGUGCUCAUCUAGGAAAGGGUAAAAAGAGGGGCGUCCCUAUUGGAUAUUCGGCAAUAUUGGAAGCCUUAAACCUAAUGAUUCACAAGGAAUAUGGACCGAUAUAUAUACAUUGUCUAAAUGGAGGACAAGUCACAAGUUUGGUAAUAGCAUGUCUUCGUAAAGUGCAGUUUUGGUCUUCAAUUGCAAUUUUUAAUGAAUUCAUAAACUUCACGUCUAAUAUAACGGUAAAUGAUAGAAGUUUCGUAGAAGGGUUUAAGGGAGAGAUAAAUGUAAAUUCUAAAGAUAAGGUGGAUUGGCUAUGGGUGGGUAUGAGUAAAGGUGUCAUUGGUAAUCAUCCUAAAAUAAGAGUAACUGAUGUAUCAUGA